UUUACGGAACCCGCACAACUUCCACUUGCAAGCCCGAGUGAUGUUCAGCUCGUUGCGCGUAAUUUAUUCAUCAACAAUCGGAAGUAUCGACUGAUGAUCAAGCGCGUCUUCUCGGUACUUGUAUGCACGAAUAUGCGCAAACACGCGACCGGCCGCGUCGCGAUCGUGAUAAACAGUUGAAGAACGCGCCGCCGUUUAGUGCAAGUGAGUCAGUCAUCCGGGUGCCGCAUGCUCGCCAGCAGCAGAAGGUCCCAAUCGCAACAACUAAGUUAGCGGCGUGCCACAACUUCCGUAUAAAUAGCGAUAACGGCGAUAACGUCGUUAGUGAAGUGCGUCGCGUCUAGGCCAGCCUAAUUGCAGACGCAAUUCGACGGCAGUGUAUGCGUAUAUGCUGAACGUACGUGUUUACAUUGUGCGAGCGCACCUGAUCGCGCCGAUUGCGGGGCGGCAUUGUCUGGCUGUGCGAGGGUGAAAUUUGUCGCGACGCGCACACAAUGCCGGCGCACACAAUACGUUAAUGAACCACCGCGCGUGGAUUGAAAUCGGCGGCUGAGCGCGCGGACAGCGGACGGAAGGAAGAGAAACGGAAAAGGUGGAAACGCAUCGACGGCAACACACAACACGACGACGACGACGGCUUUAUUAGCAAUUUGUCGUCGGUCGAGAGUCAACACUGAAUCAACACCGGAAAGCCGCGCACGUCAUUGAUACACGCCCGCCGUGUUGGGAAUAACGUUCCACUCUCAUCUGCAAACAUAAAUACGUCAUCGUGGAGGGUGGCAAGGUGCAGGCGCCUCCCCGCAGCAGCCCUGAGAGCGCCGCCGGUUUGGCACCACCGUCGCCGGACAUGGACGACACCAGCAGCAAGCGACAAGCGACCAGUUUAUUCGGUUGUAGAGUUUUCAAGAAGUCAUCGCCCAAUGGCAAAAUCACGGUGUAUCUUGGCAAACGUGACUUUGUCGAUCACAUAUCGAACGUGGACCCGAUCGACGGCGUCGUCCUCAUUGAUCCCGAGUACGUAAAGGAUCGCAAAGUGUUCGGGCAUGUCCUGGCGGCGUUUCGUUACGGACGCGAGGAUCUCGACGUUCUGGGCUUGACGUUCCGCAAGGAUUUGUAUCUGGCUGCCGAGCAGAUUUAUCCGCAGGACCCGAACGCGACGAAACGACCGCUCACACGACUACAGGAGAGGCUUAUAAAAAAGUUGGGACCAAACGCGUUUCCAUUCUAUUUUGAGUUGCCGCCGCAUUGUCCUGCCUCUGUUACCCUGCAACCUGCUCCUGGCGACACUGGAAAACCAUGCGGGGUUGAUUACGAGCUGAAGGCGUUUGUGGGUGAGACGCAGGACGAUAAACCGCACAAACGCAACUCUGUCAGAUUAGCAAUACGAAAGAUAAUGUACGCACCGAGUAAACAAGGUGAGCAGCCAUCCGUGGAGGUGAGUAAGGAGUUUAUGAUGAGUCCCAACAAGCUCCACUUGGAAGCGUCGCUAGAUAAGGAACUCUAUCAUCACGGCGAGAAUAUUGCGGUGAAUGUUCACAUAGCAAACAAUUCGAAUCGCACCGUGAAGAAGAUUAAAGUCAGCGUGCGACAGUUUGCCGACAUUUGUCUCUUCUCCACUGCGCAGUAUAAAUGCACUGUUGCUGAAACAGACAGCGAAGCAGGUUGUCCGGUGUCGCCUGGUUUUACCAUGUCGAAGGUGUUUUCGGUACGUCCGCUGCUCGCCAACAACAAAGACAAACGCGGCCUGGCACUCGACGGACAGCUAAAGCACGAAGACACGAAUCUGGCGUCGUCGACAAUAGAAGGCUGCCCCAUUGGCCCCGGCUUCACCCUGAGCAAAGUCUUUGCGCUGACGCCGCUCUUGGCGAAUAACAAGGACAAGUGGGGCCUGGCGCUGGACGGACAACUUAAGCACGAAGAUACUAACUUAGCAUCGAGCACCCUAGUGGCUGAUCCUGCUCAACGCGAGAACCUAGGCAUCAUCGUGCAGUACAAAGUCAAAGUGAAAUUGUAUUUAGGCGCUCUUGGAGGCGAUUUAGUGGCUGAAUUGCCUUUUAUCCUAAUGCAUCCUAAGCCUGAAGAGGAAUUACUACCCCCGCUGGACUCGUCCCGAAGAGAAAGCAGAGAAAUGGGCGCAAAUUCCGCCGACGAUACGAAUCUUAUACAACUCGACACAGAUGAGAACAACGACGAUAUCAUCUUCGAAGAUUUCGCAAGACUCCGACUGAAGGGCGGCGAGACGGACGCAUGAGGCGUCGACUAAUCCAAACAAAUCCCGAAAUCGCGAAGCGGAUUUGAACGAAUUGUCUUAUCGCGCCUGUAAAAUGUGCCCUAGUCAAGAAGAAAAAAAAAGUAUGAAACACACAAACACACAGAGCAUGUGCCGUCAAAAUGGCGUCCGGCGGCCAUUUUGCCACACUCAACUGGUCAGUCAGUAAAACCAACCAACCAACCCAACCUACCCCUAAAUACAAAAUAUAUUUUCUUAUAUUUAUUAUUAUGCGACGAUCGUGGAGGAGAUGCGCAUUUUGAUUUUUUCAUGUUUGCUUUCCGCAUUCUUGGUGGCGCCGCGCAUUUACACUUACCUUAGCGCCACCACCCGCUUGGUGCGCUCAGUGUAUUAAUUGGAAUUGUAUGUAUUACUAAUCAUUUAUUGUUUUUAAUUUGUCUAUUCGUGUAUUUAUUGGCGCCGCGCUAGAUUAGUCACCCGCCUAGUCACUUCACACUGACUUCGUGGAACGCAACCGCAACGUCCAGCAUGGAAUCAACGCUUACUUCUAAUUACAAUGUUUUAUAUUAACCGAUUUACGCGCGAAUCAAUUACACAUCGUUAAUUAACUAAAGACAAGGAUAUAGACAAGCAUUUUUUCCUAUACAAUACGACUCUAUCGGACUUUAGUAAUUACUGUAAACCGUUGUUAUAUACUUGCGUCGCAAACACACAAUGAGAGGAAAAUGAAAGAGAAAGAAAGUUCUAAUUAUAUAUAACACGCAUCUAUUGCAUAUAUUGAAUGUUGACUGUAAGUUUUUUGUGACGUUUUUAAAUGUUUAAGCGCAGAGCAGAACUUAACCUUUAAUCAAAGACGCAGUAAAAAAAGAAACCCAGAUGUGUGUACCCACACACCACGAAUUUAUUGAUCAAAACUUGUAUGUAAAAGGAAAAAAAAACGUUUCUCAUUGUAUGACAUUCGAACGCCGACUGAACACACAACACGGAACAUACACACACACACACACCAUACCAUAAAUAUUAAACAUAUAUUUUUAAUGUUUGUAUUUUCUAGAAAAUGAAAUGAAACUAAAAACGUGGAGCGCAAAAUUCGGUGGCUAAUAUUCAUACCUGUGUGUAAAACAAAACUGAACAACAAAACGAUCACUAAACGAAUGUGGAACAAUAGACAAAAGGCAUAACUUAAUUCGGUUCGAUGUAUUAUAUUACGAAAUAUGUAUACACUUAAAAUAAACGUAAAUAAUAUACAAAAUGUAAUAAA